AUGGAAGUGACAUGGCGGGCUCACCCCCUUCCAAAAGAAACCUCUCUUAUUGCCAUAGACGUGUUCACUAGAACGCAAGCUGAUCAAGAGCUCCACGGCUUUCAAAAUAGCCAGAUUGAUGACUCUUCUCUGGCAUCAAAGUUCCUUGUUCAACAUCUCGAAGGAAGCGAUUGCGUUAUCCGACUGCUGUUCCCAACGGUCGGUGGAUACCUUGUCCAAUCGGACUUUCUAGACAGACGGCUGGUCGAUUGUAGCGACGUUGUCAAAAUCCAGACAUUUACAUCACUUGAUCAACAUUUCGAGGGUAUUAAUAUCGAUGCCUGUAAUGCGCUCGGUAUUGCCGACAUCUCGAAGAAUGCGAUUGGAGCAAUAGUCAUAUCGUGUACAAGCAGAGCUUGGUCCGAGGCUAAUACAGUAACGCUGGAUGGAGAGCUGACGCGACGGUUUUCGUUCGCAUGGCAUUCUGCAAGACAAACCCCAAAGCGACGCUUGGCAGUGAUUCGUCCUGGUCCUCCUUCACACCUACUCAGUCUCUCAAAGCUUGAGGAUCUUGCGAUAGCGGCUACGUCGCUCAAUAUUGUACUCAUAUUCUUUGAUGAUCUGUGUCAUGGGUUGGCAGGUGCUGAAUGGGCACAUUUGCGCGAGGACUUCGUCCCUCUGGAUAUGACCCUAGACGAAGACAUGCCUCAGCGAAUCGCUUCGGCAGUCUCUGCCUACCCAAAACAAAUCGAUGGAAUUAUUGGCAUGUACGAACCUCUCCUCACUAUAGUUGCAGAGGCAGCUACUUUAUUGGGAUUCUCUACCUCAUCACCAAAAUCCGUGUCAAUGGCACGUGAUAAGUAUCAAACCCGCCAAUUCAACCAAAGUCUCUUCUGUUACAGAAUACAAAACAUUCCAGAUCUUGAAGACGUUGUAGCUCGGUAUAGAACUGUUGCACCCCUAUCCCUCCCACUCAUUGUAAAGCCAGCAAAUGGGUGGGCUUCAGAGGGGGUCUGUAAAGUAACAUGUGAGGACGAAUUGAGAGACGCGGUGCUUCGAUUAUGGCAACCUCCCUUCUCGGAAAAGUACGGCCGGGAUAGCCAAGGCUUAGUUUUAGUUGAGCCAUACGUAGAUGGUCCAGAAGUUGACGCUAAUCUGGUACUUGUCGAUGGAGAGAUUGUCUUCUUUGAAGUUAACGAUGACUUCCCAAGCUCCGGUGAUAGCGAUGGACAAGGAUUUGUCGAAACCUUAAAUGCCAUGCCUUCUGCAUUGCCGGAGAGUGAGAUUGAUGCUCUUCGACUCAGAUCACAUGCUAUUGUAUUAGCCAUGGGUUUUAAAACGGGUAUAUUCCACGUGGAAGCCAGAGUUCAUAAUUCCACGUUCGCUUUUGCCACGGGAGACGAUAAUAUCCUAGAUCUUUCAGUAAAACCGGAGAUCGCAGAGAACAAGAACAGAACUCCUACAGUAUUUAUACUAGAGGUCAACCCGCGACCACCAGGAAUGCGUACACAUACAGCCAUUGCUCGAACGUAUGGAGUGUCGUAUCGAAGCAUAGCGCUUCUCACUGCUCUUCAGGACCAUGAGCGGUUGCGGGCCUUGGCAGUCCCUUUCGUUGGCGGCGCACAAUACGAUAUGCAAGUCUUGUUUAUAGCAGCACAGAAAGGUGGAGUUUAUCAGUCCGGGGAUGUUUGUUCAGCUAUAUUAGAGCGUGAGCCAGACUUAAGUAGCCAUGUCAAGCAGUCCAUGGGAUUUCUUCACAAUGGACAAGAAGUUCCUGACCCAAGAGGUCGAACAAGCGGAAUUGCUUGCUUUUGGAUUGCUUCUCGAGGGGGGAGACGAGAAGCUAGGUUGAUUAGUGAAAAAAUCCAAGAGUUAGUUUGGGAACUCACAGAUGGGUUUUGA